GCAGAUCACAGAAUAUGCCCUUCUUGGCAUUGGAUUGUUCUGCGGCUUUCCUGCACUGGGAACGUUCUCUUGAUGGUGGCUGUGAUACUGAUGGGGGUUUAUGGCCUAAAGUGCAGUUUCUCAACAGCGACAAACAGAAGCUCACAAAACUUCCAGGAAAUGACUGGAAUUUCAAAUGCACAUCACUGUAAACAAAAUGAAAACAAAACAAACAGCCAAUUACAAAAAUUCAGGACUUGUCUAAGGCAAUAUUUGUGUGAGCCUACAAAUGCGCCUGCAGAGAAUGGAUCCUGCAGUGUGUGCCCUAUAACAUGGUUUCCAUACAAAGACAAAUGCUACUGGAUUUCUAAUUCAAUCCAGUCCUGGAACCAAAGCUACAAGGACUGUGUGGCAAAAGGAUCUCAACUGUUGAUGAUUUCUGAUACAGCAGAACAGGAAUUCAUCCAGAACAAAACAAACAUUAAUACAUGGAUUGGGCUCAAAUUCAAAUUGCCAGAGAAGAAGUGGAUGUGGAUCAACGGCUCACCAUUAAACCAUAUACUAUACCAAACUUCAGGGGCUAUCUGUGGUAUUAUAGGAAAGAAGGGAAUCGACUCUGAUAUGUGCUAUACAGAGAAUUACUGGAUUUGUCAGAAACUGUCUGUAAUCAUCUGAGGAUUUGCAUGCAGAAUUAAAAAAAAAAAACCCCCCCCCCCCCCCCCUCAAACUGUGCGCUGCCUUUUUCAGCAAUGGCUGU